AUGGCAUUGCCGGCCGCACAAUUGACACCUGAGCCUGCAUCCCAGCUCCUGGUUCCUGCUCCAAGUCCUUCGGCUACAGCCCGCCCGCCGCCUUCCCAAAAUGCACAUCAGACCGUGAGUGGUCUGCCCUCAGGGCGGAGCCCAGCGAUGGCUUCCCAGUCACCGAUUGCGAAUGGGGCUCCGAUUGUUGUGCAUGACGAACCGAGUACCCCUAUGGACUUGUCUUCUGCGCUACCAUCUGUGCCGUCGGCGCCCCGUGGUUCUCAGAAGCGGCCUUCGGAACAAUCUGCACCAGAUUCGUCUUCGGCCAACAGCGGCUCCCAAGGCUUCCGCGGUUUCACGCAAAGGAAGAAGUCAAAUGCCAUCGCUGUGUGGCUCCUGACAUUGGCUGCUGCUGAGCGUUCGCAAACGCAUCAGCGUCUCUCGAUCACAAGCGAAGUCACCGUGCCGGUCCAGGUGUACCUGGUAGAGGGCUCGGACUUGGAGCGCUGUGUCGUUUACAACGUUGACGUUGGCGAGGACCAGAUUGCUCUCCCGCGUGAACUGUUAAUAGGCAACGUCGCGUCGUACUUCGGUGGAGGCAGCGGAACAAUGCGUUCCGCACUAGAGUGGCUUUUGCUCAUGUCUGCCGCGAAGCCGGACCUGCAGGGUCUCGUCCGGACCGAGAUCGACGCCGUGAUCGAGCGGAAGGAGCCGAACGGAAGCAAUCGAGUUUCGUGGACGGACCGGUCCCGCAUGCCCUACACCCAGGCGUUCAUUUGGGAGGUGAUGCGCUUCAAGCCUGUCCACCCACUCAGCCCGAUGAGAAGAAACCCGACUGUCUGCGUGCAUCUGACCGCUGGUACCACAUAUUUCUUUUUGUUGCACAUGCAUUCCUUCGGAUUAUGCUGUGUCGCGCGCAUGAAGCCAAUAUACAAAGCACAAAUUGUCUCCGAAUACGAUAUUAUACUCCAUGCCUUACCUAUCGCUGCCUCUACUUCCUCAUUUAUUUUUUUGUUGUUGUUGUUUUGUUUAUACCAAUUAACGGAUCGCAUUUUCCUUUGCCAUUCACGCAGCACCAGCGCCAACAUUAAUUUGGGUGGCUACUUCGUACCCCGUGGCAGCAUCGUUAUUUCUUCGUUCUGGUCUGUCUUCCACGAAGCUUCCUUCUGGGGAGACCCUGAAGUGUUCCGCCCGGAACGCUUUCUGAGCGACGACGGGAAGUCGGCGAAGAAGCCCGAGCGGCUGAUCCCCUUCUCGUACGGAAAACGAUCGUGUGCCGGGGAGUCCAUUGCCGUCAUGGUGGUCUUCAUCUUCUUCACCAACAUCCUGCGUCACUUCUCGGUCGAAGCUCCUUACGAUAGUGCGGCGGCCCUUAAGGACGAAGUGUUAGGCAUCGCAAUGCGACCAGCACCCCGGGAUUUGGUUUUCAGGCCGCGGGCUUAGCUAAGCCUAGAACAGGGAGAAGGAAAACAGCAGCGCCAAAGAAACAACGAGCAGACGUGGACACCGUCUGGUGUACUACUCUCGUCCUUCUUUCCUUCGCGCUACUGUUUUUCUUCUCAGUUAUGGGCCAACUCGCCCAACAACAUGUUUUCCAAGGCGACGUUGAGGGGACCGAACCUGUACCCCAAGACUAUUCGGCGAUACUAAAUUACUACAAGGGCUGCAGAAAGCGGUAUCCACCACCGCACAACUCCCUUAGCAGAGAGGACUCUGUCGUGUGGAGGCAGCUACAAACGGGCUCGUACUCGAACCUAAACGUACUCCGCAAAAUGUAUCCCACACAAUACAAUGACAAAUUCCCCUGGUGCCACGAAACACCCACGCUGUGUCACAUAACGUGGGCAUGCCAGAAGAAAGACGUGCUACCCGUUAUACCAAACCCGAGUGCGGAGCAAUGGGAGGGAGUGCUCUCCAGCGAUCGCCAGGUCGACCAAGAAGGUCUGAUUCGGGGAGCACAACUGGCAGCAGCAUCAAGCGGAGCCCUGGACUAAGGGCAACCAACCGUUGUGCUACAAGAUGGACGAAGCCAUCUGAAGGCCGCAGAAGACCAGCGAAUAAAGUUUUUCAC